AUGACCGGCUUUCAGCAGAACACGGAUACUGGCAUGCAGAAUCGCCGGUCUGGUGUGGCAUCUGGUUACGUCAACAACACAGGUAGCCAAACCGAUGUUGGCUUGCACCCUCACCAGGGUGCUGCUCUUGGGUCUGGAAUCCAAGCGCCUGAUGAUGGACUCUCCGCCAUAAUGGGCCAGUUCUCGGCGCUGAACCUUCCGACCAGUGGCCUUGGUCAACCCGGACCUACCAUGCACAGCCUGCCUCCAGGUGCUUUCGUCAAUGGUCCUAAUGGGAGCAUUGUCUUCGCGACACCUUACCCAGGGUCAAUUCAUCCACUUCUGGCGGACCAUGGGUAUGGAACAGCUGCGUACCCAAUGCAGUACCCAACGGGUGGGUACGCUCAGGCGUAUGGCCAUGGAGCUAUGAUGCCUUUCACUCCUGGCCGCCCCAUGGCUUACGGAGACCGCAUCCCACGUGAACUUCCGGUGCUUGAGAAUCGCCGUGGCUCGUACUCAACGUCCGCCACGGAGUCGGCACCUGCUACUCCCUUCUUUGGGCAUGCUGUUGAACGCCUCAAUGGCGGGACCCGCGUUGCUUCACUCGAGCGGUCAUCGUACACCACUCCGUCGCCCCGUGAAGCAGGCUCGUUUGGCAAUGCGAGCAUGAAGGUGGUUCCUGAUCCGGACGUUGAACGUCUUUUGAUGCAAGAGCCACCUAUUCCCAAGGCCGUCCCGGCUGUUUGGACCGACCAUGUCAAAUCUCUUGAGCAGUGCCUCGAGAACCGCAUUCAGGGCAACCGCAAUGUUUACAUUCGUGGCCUGCACCCUACUACUGACGAUGGUCUUCUCCUGAAAUACACUGAGCGGUUUGGAGAUGUCGAGCAGUCCAAGGCAAUUAUCGAUACAGCUACUGGGGCCUGUAAAGGUUUCGGUUUCGCCAAGUUCAAGGAUGUCAAGGACUCCGAGAAGUGCAUUCGUGGCUUCUACCGUCGCGGCUACGAAGUUGGCUUUGCUCGGGAGAGCUUCAAUGCCCGCCUAAAGGCUGAGGGUGACGAAUCGUCCACCAACUUGUACAUUUCGAACCUGCCGAAGGACAUCAACGAGAGUACUCUGAGCCAGAUAUUUGAACCGUUUCACAUUGUCUCGAGCAAGAUCCUUCGGGACACCAUGGGGAAUAGUCGCGGUGUCGGCUUUGCGCGCUUUGAGAGUCGCGAUAUUUGCGAGCAGGUCAUCAAGAACUUUCAUGGCAUGACGAUUGGCCAGGACCACUUCAACAUGCAGGUCCGCUAUGCGGAUACUCCGUCGCAAAAGGAGCUCAAGCGCAUCACCUCCGAACGCCGGCAGUAUCGUACUAAUGAGUACAACAUUGGAGCAUAUGGGACACACGCAGUCGGCAUCAACCCGUCAAUCUAUGCACCUGCUCCUUGGAGUCGUCGUUCCCAAGGAACCAGCGGUCUCAGGUACAUUGACUGA